UUCGACCUCUGCCGCCGCUGCUGCCGCCGCCGCCUCGGAAGGUAAGCGGAGAGAGGAAGCGGGAGAGGAGCCCACGUCGCCUGUCACCUAGAUCCACGCCGCGCCGCCAGGAGGAAAGAUGUUCGCCUGCGCCAAGCUCGCCCGCACCCCCGCUCUGAUCCGAGUUGGAUCCAGAAUUGCUUAUAGACCAAUUUCUGCAUCAGUGUUAUCUCGACCAGAGACUAGGACUGGAGAGGGCUCUACAGUAUUUAAUGGGGCCCAGAAUGGUGUGUGCCAGCUGAUCCGGAGGGAGUUUCAGACCAGUGUAAUCAGCAGAGACAUUGAUACUGCUGCCAAAUUCAUUGGUGCGGGCGCUGCAACAGUAGGAGUUGCUGGUUCUGGUGCUGGUAUUGGAACCGUCUUUGGCAGUCUUAUCAUUGGUUAUGCCAGAAACCCUUCGCUGAAGCAGCAGCUCUUCUCAUACGCUAUCCUGGGAUUUGCCUUGUCUGAAGCUAUGGGUCUCUUUUGUUUGAUGGUUGCUUUCUUGAUCUUGUUUGCCAUGUAACAGAAAUUACUGCCUGAAAUGUUGGCGUUCAUAGUAAUUACGGAUGUAAUUCUGUGUAUCUUGCUGUGACUCCAAAAACUGUAGUGCUGGCGUCAUGGAAAUGUACAUUAUUUCCAAAGUCAUUUCAUUAAAGAUGAAAACUUUAA